AAGACUUGCUUCGUACUCAACCACCAAACGAUUCAAGGUUCAAUCUGCAUCCAAUAAUUACGCACAUCUCAGCAUGUAAACAGUGAUAUACCGGAUAGCAGUAUGUCGAUGGAAGACUCGCGUGACCGUUUGGUUGAGAAGGUGCAAACCUUGAGCGACCUGGAACUCGCAGCUCUCGUCUGCCUUGUAGCUGAGCAGCACUGCGUUAUUGAGACUGAAAGACAGCUACUCGAUGACGUUGAAGAAGAGCUAAAGCUGAUUGCGAGCAAUGUCUUUGGCCUCACGUGGGCGGUCUUGGAGUGCAGCGAGCAUACCACUCUCGACGACUUUGGCUGUGGCAUCCUCGUAAAAGAUGAAAGAGAAGAGCAUUUUGGCAAUAAAAGCGAAGCGAGCGCUGUCCAGUUUGCGUCACUCUCUGGAUCACCGAAGCGACCUGACCGCCGUAGUUCGCGCACGCCUGGCAAUUUUACGCAGCUUGACAACGGGAAGAUUGCAAAUGUUGUCAUUGCAAAGAAUCUCGAUCGAGCUACUUCACACGUUCAAGUCCAGGCUCUUGAGCUUAUUAGAGGUAAACGAAACUUCACGCGAACCGCCGUUCAUGCUGCGCCUAGACCUUUUCUAUUCAUUGCAUUAAACGACCUUGACCCUACACGCUUGACUAUGCAUCUCAACGACCAAUUCUUCAUUUCCCAUAAACACUACUUCGAAGAUGGGCUACCGAAUUUGGAGGAACAGCACGGGAAGGGGCACAUCCUCGAAGAUGAUCGAUCAAUCUCGUCUAUCGUUCGAACGCCUCCACUCGGUCUUACAAAAAGCAUGCCUCAGAAAGCCUUGUUUGCAGCAGAGGACCUUACAUCAUUUACUACACGCAUGUCUGAUGUCAAGAUCAGUUCUGAAGUUCGUGCGUAUCUACACAACAUAUCAGUCUUCAUGAGGCUCCAUCGAGCUGUCGCUGGCGGCAUCUCAGCGUUGGCUACACAGCACUUUAACACCCUGGCAUGUGCUCUUGCGCCUCUUCACGGACUCGACUACAUAUCGCCAUCGAUGGUAGCUCUUGCAGCCCGCAAGAUAUAUCCUCAUCGAAUCGUCAUCACCGCACCGGAGAAUGAGCGCAGUCUGCAGUGGGGCAGCUCCCUUGAAGCGGUAAAGGCUAUACUCGAUGGUGUGACGGCCGACGACGUUGUGGAAGAGGUGCUGCAAUCCGUCGAAGUGCCCCUUUGAAUGCUGUGCUUUCGCAAGCAAUCGAUCCAACAAAUCAUUGCUCGCGUGCAACCAUGCUAAUGAUGAGUGAGCAUGGCUUGCAGGCCGAUCGUGAUUGAUAAGUACCUAGUGGGGUAUUUGGCUGCCCCGCGUCAAGCACGGUCGCGCCCGGCCUGGUGCUUGGGCCUUGAACUUUGCGCACUUCUCCCAGCAUCCAAACCAGAACACCACAUUUGGCAUCCUCAAUCGCUCUCUUCUCAGUCAGAGAUCGUGGCAAUGACCAAAGACUACUGCGAUCCGAAUGCG